CACGUGACCGUGAGCAAGGAACUCCAUGGGGAAGCUGAGACACACUUCAGAAACAAGGGAUAGUAACCCGGACUUUCACCUUCGGGACAUGCCGAGGUUCCUGACUGAAUUCCUAAAUAUGAUGAUGACAUAAGUCGUUUAUUUAUACUUAGUAAACAGCCGUGGAUCGUUGCUGCAGAUAAAAUGGGGUUUUUGUUGCCAUCGUUUGUGUUUUUGCUGGCUAUUUUCAUUGCAACAGAAGUGAUCCUUUGUUCAGGAAGCUCCAAAUGUGUUCCUAGAAACUUUGGCCAUGAUUCUAUUGUGUGUGAGUGUAACUCCACUCACUGUGACAGCAUUGGGCCGGGGAACUUGCCUCCAGUGGGGCACUUCUCCUCCUACCUGAGCAGCAUGGCGGGCAGCAGGCUGGAGGCCAGCCAGGGUCAGAUCCAGGUGAACAGCACUGGAGCAGGCCUCAGACUGACUAUUGUUCCACACCAGAAGUUUCAAAGGAUUAUGGGAUUCGGUGGAGCGAUGACAGAUGCAGCAGCCAUCAACAUUUUGUCUCUUUCUGCUGGCGCGCAGGAGCAGCUGCUUCGACAGUACUUCUCCAGCGACGGCAUCGGCUAUACGGUCGUGCGCGUCCCCAUGGCCAGCUGUGACUUCUCCACCCGCCUCUACACCUACGCUGACACACCUGGAGACUACAACCUGGAAAAUUUCACCUUGGCCCCUGAGGACAUUCACAUGAAGAUCCCUCUCCUGCAGCGUGCGCAGGCCUUAUCUCCUCUGCCCCUCUCCCUCUUGGCUAGUGCUUGGAGCGCCCCCAGCUGGAUGAAAACUAACGGCGCCCUCAUAGGAAAAGGCUCCCUGAAGGGCCAGCCUGGAGGGAAGGAGCAUAAAACAUGGGCUCAGUACUAUAUCAGAUUCCUGGAGGAGUAUGCUAAAUAUAACCUCACCUUCUGGGCUGUGACUACUGGAAAUGAGCCCUCUGCAGGACGGAUGACGAACUACAGCUUCCAGGCUCUGGGUUUCACUGCAGAAGAGCAGAGGGACUGGGUGGCUCUGGACCUGGGCCCCGCCCUGCACGCCUCUGCGUACCCACACACUCACGUCCUCCUGCUGGAUGACAGCCGCCUGCUGCUUCCUUACUGGGCCAAAGUGGUCCUAAACGACGUUCAUGCUGGUCGAUACAUCCACGGCGUGGCGGUCCACUGGUACAUGGACAGUUUGGUCCCAGCAGAUAUCAGCUUAGGGAUGACUCAUCAACUCUAUCCGGAGUAUUACCUGUUCGGCACCGAGGCGUGCGCUGGCUGGAUCUCACCUGACAGAGGAGUGAAGCUGGGCAGCUGGAACAGAGCUGAACAGUACGCUCACGACAUUAUAGAGGACUUAAACCACCACGUUGUCGGCUGGACCGACUGGAAUCUCGCACUGGACCCGACUGGUGGACCGAACUGGGUGAAAAACUUUGUGGACAGCCCAAUCGUGGUGGACGCAAAGCGGGACGUCUUCUAUAAACAGCCUUCUUUUUACAGCAUGGCUCACUUCAGCAAGUUCCUGUGGGAGGAGUCUCAGAGAGUGGGCGUGUCUCCCAGUGGGAAGACGGAGCUGGGGUACUCGGCCUUCGUCAGACCGGACAGCUCUGUGGUUCUCAUCGUACUCAACAAGGCUUCGUCCGAAAUCCAGUUUGAAGUGUGGGAUCCGGCUGUGGGCUACAUUCCCUGCACCGCUCCGGCUCACUCCAUACUCACUCUCGCCUGGAACACGCGUUAACCCUCAGGAAAAAAAAAAGAUCUACUUUACUUUAAUUCAUGUUCUUCUAAGCUUUAAUUUGAUUUUGCACAAGAAUCAUAAUAUAUUUUUUAUUUAAAUAAUGGCCAAAAUCAUUUCACUGCAGUGAUGUACAGAAUUUCUAAUUGUUUGAUUUUUGAAAACAAAAAAUGCUUCAAAAAUGAUUGUAUUGAACACAACGUGAGCAAUAAAAGUAAACCAUUA